AUGUGCGGCGGAAAGGGUGGUUUUGGCUCACAGUUGAGGGCGGCGGGUGGCCGCAUGUCUUCGAAGAGGAAACGGAACCAAGGAGAAGAUAAUGGCUCCAGCAGGAAUCUCGACGGACGGAGGCUUCGCACUGUUAAUGAAGCCAAGGCACUUGCUGAAUACCUCGCUAUUAAGCCGGAGAUGGACCAGCAAGAGAAGCAGAAGCGCCGCGAGCGCUGGGAACAAAUCGUUGAGGCCGCAGAGCGUCGAGAACAUGAAAUCAAGCACGGCACCAACGCGAGGAUAGACGGGAAAUGGGUCGAGGACAAAGAAGAAGCUGUCGAUAUGAUCAAAGGCGCCGUCCUAGCCGCCAUGAAACCCCAGACUGCUGGUGAUUCAAGCCCUGAUGGGGAGGCGAAGUCUACUACUCCUCCUUCCGACUUGGACAAUGAUACGAAAGGAAAAGGCAAGGCUGUGUCAAAACCGAAAGCCCUCUUCGGAUUUGACGAGGACGACGAAUUUAUGAGCUCGGAUAGCGAGGAGGAGGAAUGA